CACAUACUUCCUGAUUCUCUUUCUAAUUUGGGUUGGGAAAGAUAGUUGGGAUAGUUGAGAUGUUAUUUACUUUAUAGGAUCCAGCAGAGAGGUACCGGGAGGAACAUUUUAGAAAUACACAGUAAGCACCUUACUGACAGGCUAAGCACAUAAGGGGAUAUUGGAUCACCGAGGAGGAACGAAACGAGGAUGCCACAGGAAAAUCUAAUCACCUCAGAGAAUGACAUCAACGUUGGCUUGGACAGUGCAGAUGAAGAGGACAUGGCUGUUGACUGUGCUCAGAGCAGGAAUCACCAGAUGAACAGGAGGAGAACGUGGGGGAGGAGAAACUAGAAGUCUUGACUCCUGAGGAGUUGGAGAAGCUGAAGGAGGCUGUGGAUGAUAGGAAGAAACUUAUCUCUACCCUAAGAGGAAAGCCUCUACCCAUGACGAGAAAACUGCAAACUCUACGGGAGUCCCAGGAAUUUGUGGAGAAAUAUGAGGGAGCUAUUGGGAAAGGAAAGGGUCGAAAGCUGUAUGCCUAUAAAGUCAUGAUGUUAAAGAAAUGGAUGAAGUUUCAGCGGGACUUUGAAAACUUCAAAACUGCUUGCAUUCCAUGGGAGAUGAAAAUCAAAGAGAUUGAGAGCCAUUUUGGCUCAUCGGUUGCCUCCUACUUCCUGUUCCUAAGGUGGAUGUAUGGGAUCAACAUGAUCCUGUUUGGCCUGACGUUUGGUCUGGUCAUGGUGCCAGAGGCUCUGAUGGGCAUGCCGUAUGGCAGCAUGCCCAGAAAGACUGUGCCCAGAGCAGAGGAAGCCAAUGCCAUGGACUUUGCUGUCUUAUGGGACUUUGGGGGUUAUGCCCAGUACUCUGUCCUUUUCUAUGGCUACUACAAUAGCCAGCGCACCAUCGGCUGGCUCAAGUUCCGAAUGCCCCUGUCUUACUUUUUAGUUGGGGUGGGAACGGUGGCCUACAGCUACAUGGUGGUGAUUAGGACCAUGGCCCGGAAUGCUAAUGAGGAUGGGGGCGGAGACAACAACUGCUUCAAUUUCAGCUGGAAGAUGUUCACCAGCUGGGAUUACCUCAUCGGGAACCCAGAGACAGCUGACAACAAGUUCGCCUCCAUCACCACCAGCUUUAAGGAGGCCAUCCUGGAGGAACAGGAGAGCAGAAAGGAUGACAACAUCCACUUGACCCGUUUCCUGCGAGUUCUGGCAAACUUCCUGGUGUUGUGCUGUCUAGCAGGAAGUGGAUAUCUCAUCUACUUUGUAGUGCGUCGCUCCCAGAAGUUUGCUUUAGAGGGACUGGAGAGCCAUACGUGGUGGGAGAGGAACGAGGUGAACAUGGUCAUGUCCCUCCUCGGGAUGUUUUGUCCCAUGCUGUUCGACGUGAUCAGUACUCUGGAGAACUAUCAUCCCCGCAUUGCUCUGCAGUGGCAGCUGGGACGCAUCUUUGCCCUGUUCCUGGGGAACCUCUACACCUUCAUCAUUGCGCUCAUGGAUGAGAUUAACCUCAAACGAGAAGAGGAGGAGAUGGUGAAGCUUAAUAUGACCAUCUGGGAGGCUGGUCUGUAUAAUGAGACCGUGGGAGUGAACAGCACAACCCCUCCCAUCGCCAUCCACCCUGCCGACAUCCCUCGAGGACCUUGCUGGGAAACCAUGGUGGGACAGGAAUUUGUCAGACUCAUUGUGUCGGAUACCAUGACAACGUAUAUCAUGCUCCUGAUUGGUGACUUUCUGCGUGCUGUGCUGGUGCGCUUCCUCAACUACUGCUGGUGUUGGGACCUGGAAGCUGGAUUUCCCUCCUACUCAGAAUUCGAUGUCAGUGGGAAUGUCCUUGGCCUGAUCUUCAACCAAGGCAUGAUAUGGAUGGGUGCAUUCUAUGCACCCUGCCUCCCUGCUCUAAACGUGCUGAGACUUCAUGUGUCCAUGUACCUGCAGUGCUGGGCUGUGAUGUGCUGCAACGUCCCCCAGGAGAGGGUGUUCAAGGCUUCGGGCUCCAACAACUUUUACAUGGCCAUGCUCCUGGUCAUCCUCUUCCUCUCCACGCUGCCCGCCAUCUACACCAUUGUCAGCAUCCCCCCCUCCUUCGACUGUGGCCCCUUCAGUGGAAAAAGCCGUAUGUUUGACGUGAUCCAGGAGACUCUGGAAUCUGAUUUUCCCGCCUGGUUUGGGAAGGUAUUCAGCUAUGCCUCCAACCCUGGCCUGGUGCUGCCUUUCCUGCUACUCAUGGUUUUGGCCAUUUAUUACUUGCAGUCUACAUCAAAAAGCUACAAGCAAGCCAACCUGGAGUUAAAAAAAAAACUUCAAACCCAAAAUGAAGAAAACAAGAAGAAAAAUAAAUUGGCUGCACUGAAAGCCGCCUUGGAUUUAGAGGAGGCUCGAAAUGCUGGGUCAGAAUCGCCACACCAACACAGAAACAACUCUUCUCAACAAUCUCAUAGGGGAGAUAGAGGUGAGAUGAGGGGAGGGGAACACAGGGCUAACCAAGGAAAAGGCAGCCCCCGGGAUCCCCCUCCUACCGACAGAUCCCCGGCUAUGAGGGGCCACAGAAUUGCGGUGCCCCUACCAGGUAACCAAUGGGAAGCAGCACCCAGAGUCCAGAGGACCCCAAACUCACAGAGACAGCGACUAUGACUGCAGCACACAUCUGUAAACGACGAUUGUCUAAUGGACCUUAUGGAUACUGUGUGAAUUGUUAUUUAAAAAAUAUUUUGUGAUUAACUAUUUUGUAAUUUAUCCUUUUUUUCCCUCAUUUGUACAAGCUAUUCUGCACAAUAUAAAAUGUACAUGUUAUAGGGCAAUGUUACAAUUACAUAAUAAUGUGAUUAGUUAGAUUAAAAGGUAUACAUGUUUGCAAGAAUUAUGUUUAUUGGUUUACUGUUUACAUCGACACAUCUGAAAUCAUACCACUCAAUAUUAGGACUUGAUUGACCAUCAAAAUAAAUGUUUUUGCAAAGCC